AUGUCCACUGACCGUUCCCAAGUUUUCGGUGUUGCUAGAAUUUUUGCUUCAUUCAACGAUACUUUCGUCCACGUUACUGAUUUAUCAGGUAAAGAAACCAUUGCCAGAGUUACUGGUGGUAUGAAAGUCAAAGCUGACAGAGAUGAAUCAUCUCCAUACGCUGCUAUGUUGGCUGCUCAAGAUGUUGCUGCUAAAUGUAAAGAAGUUGGUAUUACUGCUGUUCACAUUAAAUUGAGAGCUACUGGUGGUACUAAAACUAAAACCCCAGGUCCAGGUGGUCAAUCCGCUUUAAGAGCUUUAGCCAGAUCUGGUUUAAGAAUUGGUAGAAUUGAAGAUGUUACCCCAGUUCCAUCUGAUUCUACUAGAAGAAAGGGUGGUAGAAGAGGUAGAAGAUUAUGA